GCACAUGUGUCUGUGUGUGCUGUUUGAAGCUCAUGGGGGUUUUCCGGCCUUUCUGCUGUGAUGGUGCUCGCUUUGUCAUUUUCAGAUUUGAAUUCAUAGGUUGUGUAUAGGUCACCACGCCUACCCAUCUCACACACAGACCGCCAGGCACUGGCUCGCUUCCCCUGUAACCACUGUGCAUACCCGAGUGACACACCCACCCACAGAGUGAGCAUACAGACCGGGGCGGACAGAGGCUCACGAGACGAGACUCAACCCAGAGCCGUGUGGUGGCUCAAAGAGCCAUGGCGAGUCACGGCCUUCAAGACGAGGGCUGGAUCGGGAGGAACAUUCGGAUUCCCGUGUGCAGCGCGUACGUUGCUGACAUUGAGCUGGCACACAAUGGGCGGGCGACAUGUCAGUGUGGCUCCUCCAUGGCUCUGCACACUCACUUGGCGCAGCAGAACAACACUCACCCCGACGACACCGUGUGGAACCCCGACUUGCACACCAGCGACGAGCCUACGGAUGCCUACGGCGACUUCAUCUGCCAGGGUCUGGGCAAGUCCCAGCGCAAGUACGCGCGGGUGUCAUACAAGACGAGCGCGGACCUGCUGUACAACGUGCUCACACGCACCUGGGGGCUGCGCACGCCCAACCUGGUGAUGUCUGUCGUGGGCGGGGAGGCCAACUUCCAGCUGAAGCCGUGGGUGCGCGAUGUCCUGCGCACGGGCCUCAUGCGCGCCGUGCAGAGCACAGGCGCGUGGCUCAUCACGGGCGGCCUGCACACGGGCGUCAUGCGCCACAUCGGCGAGGCGGUGAGCGAGCACUCGAUGGCUCGCACGCCCGCCGAGCACAAGGUGGUGGCCAUCGGCAUCGUGCCGUGGGGGCAGCUCGCCGGGCGCAAGGCGCUGCUCAACAAGCGGGGUCUCAGGAAGGAGUACACGGUGCCAGGCUGGGAGCGGCCCCUGCUGCCGCUCGACAAGAACCACUCGCACUUCCUGCUCGUGGACGAUGGCACCACGGGUCAGCGGUCGACGCACGUGCACAUGCUGCGCGUGCAUCUUGAGCGGUUCAUCGCCAAGCAGAAGACGAUGCACGGUGGGACGGGCUGCAUCGAGAUUCCAGUGCUCUAUGUGCUGAUCGGCGGCGAGCUGGAGGUGCUCAAGACGGUGCAGGACGCGGUGGUGAACGGGACGCCCUGCCUCGUGCUGGGCGGCUCCGGUGGCAUCGCCGAUAUCAUCACGGCGGUGGUGUCCGUGUCCCCCGAUGAGAUCACUGCUGAGAUGGUGGCCACCCACCACCACGUGGCCUUCCCCAACGAGGACGAGCUGAGCGGCGAGCAGCUCAACAAGUGGACCGACGUGAUAAAGAGCAUUGUGGAGCAGUCCAACAUGCUGACGGCGCUCACCGAGGAGGAGCACGAGGUCGCGGAGCCCAUGGACACGGUGAUCCUCAAGUCGCUCUUCAAAGCGUGCCGCGGUAAGAGUCACGAGGCGGCUGAGUACAAGGACGAGCUGAACCUGGCGCUCGCCUGGAACCAGAUGGACAUCGCCAAGAGCGAGAUCUUCAAUGGCAACAUCGCAUGGAAGGCGAAGGACCUGGAGGAGUCGAUGAACGUGGCGCUGGUGAGCGACAAGCCCAACUUCGUGAAGCUCUUCGUGGAGAACGGCGUCAACAUCGGCGCCUUCCUCACGCUGAAGCGGCUGCAGCAGCUGUACUGCGCCACGGCACCCAAGAGCGUCCUGUACAAGCUGCUAAGCGACAAGCUGGCGCGCCGGAAGGAUGAGAAGGUGGGAUCCUUCCUCUUCGGGAAGACCGACGACGACGAAGACAGCGGCGGCGGCGGCGACGAAGCCGACGCGGCCGCCACGGUGGCGGAGGACGAGGCCAACGGCGGCGCGCUGAGCGGCAGCAAUCCGGACGUGGGCCGCAAGCCGGGCUUCACGAUGCGCGAUGUGUCGCUGGUGCUGCACGACUUCCUGGGCGACGUGUGCGAGCCGAUCUACCAGGACUACAUGGAGAAGAGCUCGCUGAAGACCCUGUUCAAGAGCAAGGGGAAGGAAGUGGAGCAGGCUUACACGGACGAAACCGACUCGCCAACCUUCGAAGAGGAUUCCACGAGGCCAAAGAUGUACCCCUACAGGGACCUCUUCAUCUGGGCCGUGCUGCAGAACCGGAGACAGAUGGCGCUCUAUUUCUGGGAAAUGGGCCAGAACUCGGUGGCGUCCAUGUUGGCCGCCAUGCGCAUCCUCAAGGGACUGUCGCGCCUGGAGCCCGAGGCCGAGGCGGCGCUGGAGAUGAAGGACUUCAUGGUGAUGUGCGAGAACAUGUCUGUCGCCGUGCUCAACGAGUGCUACCGGACGAGCCAGGCGCGCACCUUCAAGCUGCUCGUGCGGCAGAGUCCGUCGUGGGGCAACGCCACGUGCCUGCAGCUCGCCUCCGAGGCCAACGCCGAGGCCUUCUUUAGCCACAGCGCCGCGCAGGACCUCCUCAACGACAUCUGGUGGGGAGACAUGUCCAACGAGACUGACAUCUGGAAGAUUUUCGCCGUGUUCUUCUGUCCUCCGCUGCUCUACUGCAACCUGAUCGAGUUCAGCGAGCUCAGCAUACAGAAGCCGUCGGCGUUGGAGAUGGACAGCGUCGCAGAUGGGGAGAACGUCGUGCUGAGCCUGCUGCAGAGACUGGACGAAAAGGACAUCGAGGGGGUGACCAUGUCGAUGAGGGAGCGCUACACCUGCAGCCGCCGCUGGACGCGCUUCUGGGGGGCGCCCAUCAUCGUGUUCCUCGGCAAUGUCGUCACCUACUUCAUGUUCCUCUUCCUCUUCGCGUACGUGCUGCUCGUCGACUUCCGCCCCCCGCCCGUAGGCCCGCGAGGGCCCGAGCUCUUCCUCUACUUCUGGGUCUUCACGCUCGUGUGCGAGGAGAUACGCCAGAGCUUCCACAAGGUCGGCAACAUCUCGCUUGUGCACUCGCUCAAGCAGUACAUCGAAGACUUCUGGAACAAGUGUGACAUCAUCGCCAUUUCCCUCUUCAUCCUUGGCCUCAUAUUGCGGAUGUUCCCGUCCCGGUUUAACGAUGGCCGAGUCGUCUUCUGCCUCGACUACAUGGUGUUCGCCAUGAGGCUCAUCCACAUAUUCGCCGUUCACAAGCAGCUGGGACCCAAGAUCAUCAUCGUGGGGGGCAUGAUCAAGGACGUGUUUUUCUUCCUCUUCAUCCUGGGCAUCUGGCUGAUCGCGUACGGCGUGGCCACCGAGGGCCUGCUGCACCCCGACGACACGCGCCUCGACUGGACCUUCCGCCGCGUCCUCUACCGCCCAUACCUGCAGAUCUUCGGGCAGAUCCCGCUCGACGAGAUGGACGCCGUGAAGAUCUUGAACUGCUCGGACGACUCGAUGGAAGGCAUGAUGGGGAGCAACGCGGCGUGCCCCAACACCUACGCCAACUGGAUCGUCAUCCUCCUCCUCGUCAUCUUUCUGCUCGUCACCAACGUCCUGCUGCUCAACCUGCUCAUCGCCAUGUUCAGUUACACCUUCUCGCAAGUCCAGGGGAACAGUGACAAGAUCUGGCGCUUCCAGAGGUACAACCUGAUCGUGGAGUACCACGACCGGCCCUCCCUCGCGCCGCCCUUCAUCAUCAUCAGCCACAUCAAGCACCUCGUGCGCAAGUUCGUCUUCAAAGCCACUGCCGAGAAGCACAAGCACUUCAUGCAGAAGCUGCAGGAGGACUUGGACCAGCGACUCAUGGUGUGGGAGGGCAUCCAGAAGGUCAACUACCUGACCGACGCCAUCCUUCGUAAGCGCGACUGCAGCGAGGAGCGUCUCAAGAGGACGUCGAAGAAGCUGGACAUGGUGCUCAAGCUGGCACAGGACAUCCAGGUCCAGGAGCGGAGACUCAACAGCCUUGACGCCCAGUACGAGCAGAUGCGAUACUGCGCCAAGGCGCUGUCAUGGCUCAUCGAAGCCCAGAAGGAAACGAACAAAGACUUUACCAUGGUGCCACCGGUGUGUCCAGGGCUGGAUCUGAAGCACGCAUAGCCACCACCACGGGGCGGCGCCUGACAUCGUCAAAAACACUUGGGCGAGACGAAGUGAGCACCUCGGCUUGCGGUGAGCGCGCAUCUCCCUCGGCCGGCCCUCGCUGCCGCUGCACGUACGGUACAUUUCAGGAGCCGCGGAUGACGUCGAUUGCUGUCGACUUCUCUGCGAACGCGCACCCAACGAACUAUUGUCACUCAUUUGUAAAAAAAGAAUAGUAAAGAUCGGCUGACGUGAUUCACAUGUAUCCCGUAACGUAGUGACGCGCGCGCGUGUCGCGGUAUCUGUGUGCGCUGGGGCGUAUGAGAUAUAUCGAAUCGCAAUCGUGCACAAAUAACCAAAUGUCAACACGUUCGUCAAUAACAUUGCCCUAAAGAGGAUAACAGAUUUACAGGAGAGUGGCCAAUGUUUCAGGGAAUGGCCCUUUCCUGGCUCUGUUUGGAAAUAGGGCCUUGCCCAGAAUGUCACCUGUUGCGUAUACGGUGAGGGCUAGGUUCUUGAAAAUCUGCUCCAAAGUGGAAUAUGUGAAACAUAGAUACUGUGCUGUGUCCGACUGAGUAUACGGGACCAAAUGAAAAUGUCAAUUCCUCCGCUUAGACCCCGUAAGUGAAAUUAAGAAACCACCACAAAUAAGGCAAGAAUAGCACUAAAAUGCAAUGGCACUUGAGGUGUAAAAGCAUCAGUGUGCUGACCCGGGCAUACGAGCUACAACCUGCUUACCGUAAAGGGUGGUAAAGAUGUCUUGCGACCCCCAUUUAAUUCUCUGAAACGUAAUAUUUUUGCAAAUAAGGCUUAUUUAAAACGUGAAUGAAUAUGCAAAGGAAGAAAAAAUGUUAGGGGUCAAUUAAUUGAUGGGGUCACAAGACAUCUGGACUACCACCCUGUUCAGUGGACAAGUACAGUACCCCUCCCCAUGGUGCGAUGUUGCCAAACUGCGAA